GAUCAGAAAGCUACACAUCCUAAUUUCACAUACCAUUUUCACAAUCACAGUUAGAAAUUCAAUCUUCCAGAAGCUUCUCUCACGAUGGCACGUACCAAGCAAACAGCUCGCAAAUCCACCGGCGGCAAGGCUCCCCGGAAGCAGCUCGCCACCAAGGCCGCUCGGAAAUCAGCUCCGGCGACCGGAGGAGUGAAGAAGCCACAUAGAUUCAGACCUGGAACUGUUGCUUUGAGAGAGAUCCGUAAGUAUCAGAAGAGCACUGAGCUUCUCAUCCGUAAACUUCCAUUCCAACGUCUUGUUCGUGAAAUUGCUCAAGAUUUCAAGACAGAUCUGAGAUUCCAGAGCAGCGCAGUUUCCGCUCUUCAAGAAGCUGCUGAAGCUUACUUGGUUGGUCUCUUUGAAGACACAAACCUUUGUGCAAUUCAUGCUAAGAGAGUUACAAUCAUGCCUAAGGACAUUCAGCUUGCAAGAAGAAUCAGAGGAGAGAGGGCUUAGUUCUUAUUAUCUUUUCCAAUUUCAAUCCCCGAAAAAAAAAAAAAAAACCGUAACUCUAGAAUUAUAAUGCUAGUAGUAGUAUUAGCUUCUAUGUGUGAAUCAAAAGCUCUAAUUGUAACACAAAUUGAAUUUGAAUGUUAAUUGUUUGUUACAAUUUCUCUAUAGUAA